CCCUGUGUGUAGUAACCAGAGCAGAGUAGCUCUCAGCUAGACAUGGCGGCGGACCCGAAGCCGGACUGGCUCUCCUGCCUUCCCUCUUCUUGGAGUUAUGGGGUGACGCGGGAUGGACGCAUAUUCUUCAUCAACGAAGAAGCAAAGAGUACAACCUGGCUGCAUCCUGUUACUGGAGAGGCUGUGAUCACGGGCCACAGAAAAACUCCAGAUUUACCAACAGGAUGGGAGGAAGGAUACACAUUCGAGGGAGCUCGCUGCUUCAUCAACCACAAUGAGCGGAAGGUGACCUGUAAGCACCCGGUGUCAGGCGUCCCCUCCCAAGACAACUGCAUCUUUGUCGUAAAUGAACACAUGAGUUGUGGAAAGCUUGUCCACCCUGACAAGCCCACAGAGGCUCUCGACAGGCCGGCUCCGAAGGCGUCGUCAGAGCAGGGCAGCAGCAGUGACAAGAAGGAACGUCCCAUGAGCACCAUGAGCGAAGCAUCAAACUACACAGGUGGCUCCGACUACAGCACCUUCCCCGGCAGCCCCACCACCGCCGUCACCACGGGAACCACCACCACCACCUGCACGUCAUCUACACGGCCCUCCAGGUCUUCCAAAAAAAUCCACAACUUUGGAAAGAGGUCCAACUCCAUCAAGAGGAACCCCAAUGCUCCGGUGGUGAAGAGCAACUGGCUUUACAAACAGGACAGCACAGGCAUGAAGCUGUGGAAGAAGAGGUGGUUUGUUCUCUGUGACAUGUGCCUCUUCUACUACAGAGAUGACAAGGAGGACAGCAUCCUGGGAAGCAUCCUGCUGCCUAGUUUCCACAUCUCCAUGUUGUCAGUGGACGACCACAUCAGCAGGAAGUACGCUUUCAAGGCCACUCACCCCAACAUGCGGACAUACUACUUCUGUACUGACACAGCCAAAGAGAUGGAGUCGUGGAUGAAAGUCAUGACGGAUGCUGCUCUCGUGCACAGUGAGCCGGUCAGGAGAAUGGACAAGUUGAAAGUGGACCAGCGGACGCCUCAGGAGUUGAACAACCUACUGAACCACAGAGUCCUGACCCGGCCCGAGAUCCAGAACAACGAACGCAACCGCGAGCCCCUGCGACAACACUCGCUGUCUCGAGUGGACGACAAACGGAAGAAAGAGGAAAAACACAACAGCCAGAGGGAGCGAGAGUACUACACCUUGCAGAGAGACGGGGAGAGGUACUCGCUAAAGAAAGACGGUGUAAGCUACAUGCUCCAGAAGGACGGAGAGAGGUAUCUCCUCCACAAGGAUGGAGAGAAGUAUCUGCUGCGGAAAGAUGGAGAGAAGACCUAUCUGCAUAAAGACGGGGAGGUGUGCGCCAUUCACAGGGAGCUGGAGAAGUACGCUGUGCAGAAAGUGGAUGAAAAGUACACAGUGACGCCGACAGACGAGAGAUACGCUCCGUCUAAAGAUGGAGAGAAGUACCUGCUCACUAAGGAUGGAGAAAAAUAUGCACUGCAGAAAGUAGGAGACAGGCACAUGCUCCAGAAGGACUUACAGAAACCUGCUCCUCAUAAGGAGGUGAGGAGACAGCUGUCGUUAAAGGAGACGGAGAGGUAUGGUACGAUGAAGGCCGACAGUAAAUAUGGAACCUUACAGGUAAUGGAUAAAUACGGCACUGUGAGGGAGGUGAAGAAGUACGCAACGCUACGAGAAGGAGAUAAGUACUCAAUGCUCAGAGACGCAGAGAAGUAUGCUACAGUCCGGGCAGGAGAUAAAUACGGCUUCCAGAGGGAUCCGAGUGCAGAGCGGACUCUGACCAAAAUCAGCAGCAUCAAGCUGCAGCCGGCUCAGGCCGCCGCCAUCGCAGCCGCCGUCUCUGCAUCCCGCCAGGCCAGCCUCAACACCCACAAACCUGUGCAGGUAAACGGCUCGGGUUCUGCGCAGGGGGAGCUGAUGGGAGACUGCAGUCCAGCUGAGGUGGAUGCCAGCCAAACUGGGGGUCCAGUGAAGUCCCCUGUUCCAGUCCAGGAGCCGGGAACAGGUCUGUCCAGGACCAACUCCAUGCAGCAACUGGAGCACUGGGUCCGCACGCAGAGGACGAGAGGAGUGGACGACGACGCCAGGAGUGUGACGUCCUACCAGACCUUACCCAGGAACAUGCCGAGCCACCGUAAUCAAAUCGUGCCCCGCUACCCCGAGGGUUACCGCACGCUGCCCCGCAACAGUAUAAUGAGGCCCGACAGCAUCUGCAGCGUGGCUGGGUCCAUGUACGACCGAGCUCUCCGUCCCGCCUCCACCAGCACCGUCAUGUCCACGGCGGAGAAGAGGAGGUCGAUGAGGGACGACACCAUGUGGCAGCUGUACGAGUGGCAGCAGAGGCAGGCCUUCUCCAGGCAUAGUCUGGCUCAGCCAACAGCUGUCAGCCAUUAUGGCACUCUGCCCAGCACAAAGACCAUGGGCAACAUCUCCGAACACGCCGUGGCACACUCCAUCCCCACCUCUCCGUCUCACGGCUCCCUGGCUCUCUACAGCACCUUCUCCCCUCCUCGCCAGCAGGUCGCUCACAACCCCAGCACCACCCCCCACUCGGAGGUGUCCUCACCCGUCUUCAUGGGGGACGUGACGCUGGACCCCCGGCACAGAGCACAGCUCACAAAGUACGGCUUCCAAGCGGACCGACGAUCCAUUGCGGGCAGCGUCCCCGCCCCUGCCCCCGCUCAGACCAUCACUGCCCAGUCUCUGCAAGGCAAGACGCCGGAGGAGCUGACCCUGAUGCUGAUCAAGCUCCGCCGGCAGCAGGCGGAGCUCAACAGCCUGCGGGAACACACAGUAGCUCAGCUAAUGGCCCUCGGUUUGGAGGGGCCCAACCCUAAGACUGAUGUUCUUUCACAUCACCUCCAGAGGAACCUCAUUUACCUGGAGAGCCAGACGAAGGAGAGUGAGCCUCUAAUCUUCAUGAUUCACACUAUGAUCGAGAACUCGGCACCCAGGCCGCAACUCUACCAGCAAAUCAGCCCAGACGACUACAAGGACGGCUCCUUCGCCCAGCGCACAGAGGAGGCCGACAUAGACACUAAGCUGAGCAGACUGUGCGAGCAGGACAAGGCGGUAAGGAUGCAGGAGGAGAAGCUGCAGCAGCUCCACAGAGAGAAGCACACUCUGGAGACGGCGCUGCUGUCGGCCAGUCAGGAGCUGAGCGAGCAGAGCGGCGCGGACGCUGCAGCCAUGCAGAGUCUGGUCCAGCAGAGAGACGUGCUGCAGAACGGUCUGCUCAGCACCUGCAGGGAGAUCACCAGAGUCAGCACUGAGUUGGAGCGCUCCUGGAGGGAGUACGACAGGUUGGGCGCAGACGUCACGCUGGCUAAAUCCAACCUGCUGGAGCAGCUGGAGGCCCUGGGCAGCCCACAGACGGAGCCUCCGAGCCAGCGGCACAUCCAGAUCCAGAAGGAGCUGUGGAGGAUCCAGGACGUGAUGGAGGCUCUGGCCAAAAACAAACCACAGCGCAGCACAGACAGCGGUUUUCCUGGUUCCAAGCCGCUCUCCAGCCAACAGAAGAAUGAGGCAGUGACGCUGCUGCCGCUCAGUCCCUUAAAUGAGGGCGACAGCGUGCCCCCUCGCCCGCCCCUCCCUCAGUACUACGACUCUACAGAGCGCCCCCCUCACGUGCCCCCGCACCACCCACACCCUGGCGGCCGACUGACCCCUCACACGCACCGCCCCGAGGACCGUAAGGCCGGCUCCAGGAACGGAGCACACAGCCAAGCUCCAGACUACCGGCUGUACAAGAGCGAGCCGGAGCUGACCACGGUGAAGGAGGAGGUGGACGAGGCCAACGGGGAGGACAAGGACAAGACGGAGACGUCUGCAGAGGGUAAAGACCCCGCAGCUCCCAAAGCUCCCCCCUACCCGGUGGGCAUCAUUCCUCCAAGGACCAAAUCUCCCAUGAGCCCUCCCGAGUCCUCCACCAUCGCCUCCUACGUCACCCUGAGGAAGACCAAGAAGCCCGAAUCCAGAUCGGAUCGGCCCAGGAGCGCCCUGGAUCAGAUGGGGUUCGGGGAGCGGGAGGUGGGCAGGACGAGGAUGAGCGUGGAGGAGCAGCUGGAGAGGAUGAGGAGGAACGCGGAGGCCUCGACGCUCCGGGAGAAGAGGAGAGAAACCCCGUCUCGAUCGCCCUCCUUCAACAAAGACAACCCGUUCCUCACCCUGCAGAGUCGGGCGCAGGUGGAGGGGGCUUGUGCGGACCCUGUGGAGCUGGAGGCGGCUCUGCAGCAGCUGAAGGUGUCUCACCUGGAGCGGAGCGGGGAAGCUGCGGAGGAGGCGGAGGAGACCAACACAGAACAAACAUCACAGGAGGUGCAGAGAGCGGAGGAGGUGAAAAAUGAGGAGUGUGAGGAGGUGCAGCCGGACGAGGACGUGACCCUGCAGAGUGAGAUGGAGCCGCAGGCGGAGACCAACAGCAUCGAUGACGAGCGCUGUGAGAGCCAGAGGGUGGUGAUCCUGGACCUGCACACGGAGCCCCGGCGUGUGGAGAUCGUGAACUUUCAGCCCUUCGAGGAUGACGAGAGCAGAGACCAAGACCUGACCAGCUCGCCGACAAACACGACCACCGAAAGCAGCUUCCAGACUCCGGAGCCCGAGACGCCGAGCCCGGAGCCUCGAGAGGAGGAGACGAACGUGACGCAGCAAAACAUCAGAGAGAAGAUGGAGAAAAGUCUGGACUCCAACAACCAGCUGACAGCGGAGGACAAGAAACACAACAACAACAACAACAACAUGUUGGCUGCACAGACGUUCACCUUGGUGAGCAGCGACACGUGAGCGAUGCCGGCCGACCUCGACGUCCCUUAAAAGCCCAAAUGUAGCCAGCCUGCACCGAGCAUGCUCCAUGGCUUCCUGCGUUUACAACAGAACUACUUUGAUACUACUGUUACCAUGCCCACAAGGAGACUGAGACCAAGAGGAUGGCCGCCCCGAGAAUCAGACUGAGCACUGAGACGGGCCGCCGUCACACCCUGACAGAGAGAGGCUGACGUACUGUACCUUUAGCUCCUGUUAGAUCUAUCCAUUCUGUAUGUCCCUGAGCUAAACAACGAGCCUAUGGAGGCCUAUCUGUCCCACAACAUUUCUGUGUAGAAGAAGCAUUGUGAAAUGGUUUAGCUUUAAAAUAAAUAGCCCAAAUACAAUGUACAUGUGCACUCCGUUAGCAAGAACGUUUUCAGAAAGAGGUCCAACAUUCAGGAAAACAGUUUAAAUUAGGGGAUGGGUCUUCAUUCCUGUUUCAGACACCUUUGUGUCUGUUUAGAUAAUCUAAUUUAAGGAAAGGUUGUUUUUAGAGUUUUUAAUUAAAUCUGCUAAUCGAGUUUUUAAAACAGAUGAAGGAUCGGAGCUGGAGAUUAGCGCUGGCUUAGUUAGCUAUUUUACAGCUGAGCUCUGGAUUUGGAUGCUAGUUUUGGUUAGCAUGAAACAAAAUGCUAGAAACAAAAACUUCUUACUGGGAAAAUAACGGCUGACUCCUCAGUGUCCUUUAGUGCAUCCUUACCGAACACUGAGCGAGAUACUUAUCGGAGCUCUGUGACAGGUAGCCCCGCCCUAACUCCUCCCCGUUUGAGGUCUCUUUGACUCUUAAGCGGGACAAUAAUUUACUAAACUAACAUCACGCUGUGUUGAAGAAGACUUGAAACUAGAGUUUGACCCCCCCCGUGCCCACAUUCUCCUGAUUGGCCAUCUCUUUGGCGCUGCAGGGCUGCUCUCCAGUGCUGGAGAAACUCUUCGUUUCAUAUCGGGGAACUAUGGCGUGAUUUGCAGAACAAGCCGUUUAGCGCCCUCUGCAGACUCAUCCUGGGAUUACUCCAAAAUACGUUUACCUCAUGAUCUGAAACUUUGCCCACAUUUAGUUAAAUUCAGCAUUGUGACACUACAUGAGAGUGAAAAUGAAGAUCAGCCGAUUAGGUCGACUCUAAAUGAAAUGUUUAGAUGCAUGUCCACGUUUAGUGAUCACACGAUCAGAGCUUCAAACGUGUCGUACUUUCUCAAACCAUUUCACAAUCUGUACGUUGGACUUGUUCCGUGGGCGAUAGAGCUCCAUAGAAAUGUGUUUUUCUGACACAUACACACACACACACCUGAAUAUACCGAACUUUUGCUAAGUAUUAAAAUCAUCUUAACGUUAUAAUUGUUAGAGUAUUCUACUGAUCUCGAGGAGGGAUAUGAGCUGUUACCAGGUCGCUGGAGGAGGUGUACAGCUGUAUAUAGGAGCUGAUGAUGAUGAUGAUGAUGAUGAUGGGCUAAGCACCAAAUCUCGACACACAUGCAGUGCUUUACUUUAACCCCAAAGUGACCGCCGACGCUCUUGGUUUGUUUAACCUGCUCUGAGUUUGAGUCUGUGUGUUGGUUUGAGAGCGGAGGCGCCCUUAUCGCUCUGUUUCCACAUCCUUUGCAACAUUACACUUCUUUGGAUUUACAUAUAUAAAUAUAUAAAAAGUAUAUAUAUGAACAUAAAGCAUAUUUUUACUUCAACAAGGUGCCACUUCAUGCUGCUGUUUUUCUCUUUUUUUUGUUGGACGGACAGAACUCAGUAUUUUGCGGAGGUUGUGAGUAUUUAUGUUGAGCACACACCACCACGGUAUGUGAACGUUUUGUGUCUCUUUCUGUUUAUUUCUCUCUCUCUCUUUGGUUUACACGACGGAGGAGGUCGACAGUGAAGACGCCGAGGACGGGACACAGAUGAAGACAUUUUUUAGCGUUAGACUCUUAUGUCUUAUGUGGUGAAGAGUCUGAGAAUAGCACACGUACGAAGCAAUAAGUCGGACUUUGGAGCUCCAGGACAUUAAAAAAAAAAAAAAAAAGAGAAAUUUAAAAGAGAUGUAUAAACUGUAAAAAAAAAAAAAGAGGAAGAGGAAGAAAAGAAGUUAAAUCGAGAUAACAUAAUUUAUGUACACACUGAAAGAAGAGCAGAUAUUAUAACUAUAAGAGGUUAUUAUUAAUAUUAUUAGGGUCGAUAUGCAAAAAGUUCAUACCCCAUCUGUUUUAUAUCAUGUGAAAUAAAUGUUGAUGUUCUUAAA